AUGUCGCAAAAAGCCGCCCUUCUCAUCGGUAAGCUCGAUCAUACCCGCAAGGAGUGGGAAGAAGUGGGACAGGUCGCCUCCAAGCUCUACGAAUACCCCGACGGUUCGCGCAGCGACUUCAUCGACAAAUGCCGAAAUGGAGAGUUCAACGGUGUAUUCGCAAUGUUCCGGAGCAACGAAUCGAACAGCAUCACAGGCAACUUUGACGAAGAGCUCGUUGAGGCGCUGCCAUCCUCGCUGAAGUUUAUUUGCCAUAACGGCGCGGGAUACGACAACAUCGAUGUUGCCGCGUGCACAAAGAGGGGCAUACAGGUGUCGAGCACGCCGAUAGCUGUCAACGAUGCGACAGCCGACGUGGCCAUGUUUCUGAUAUUAGGCGCUCUGCGGAAUGUGACGCAGUGUUUCCAGGCCGUCAGGCAAGGCAGAUGGAGAGGCAACUUCAAACUCGGCCACGACCCAAGAAACAAGAUCCUCGGAAUUCUGGGCAUGGGCGGUAUUGGUUCCGCAGUUGCAACGCGCGCAAAAGCUUUCGGAAUGAAGAUUCAGUACCACAACCGAAAUAGGCUGCCCGAAAACGAGGAGAAUGGCGCAACAUAUGUGAGCUUCGAGGAACUCCUCAAGACAUCGGACGUUCUGAGCCUGAACCUCGCGCUCAACAAGUCAACAAGGCAUAUCAUAGCCAAGCCGCAGUUCGACAUGAUGAAGGAUGGAAUAGUCAUCGUCAACACGGCACGUGGACCCCUGAUUGAUGAGGCGGCGCUGGUGGAUGCACUCAACAGCGGCAAAGUGUCGACAGCAGGCCUGGAUGUCUUUGAGGAGGAGCCCAAGAUCCACCAAGGCCUGCUGGACAAUGAGAAUGUGGUGCUGUUACCACAUAUUGGAACCGCGACCUUCGAGACUCAGCGUGACAUGGAACUGUUGGUAUUGGACAAUCUCAAGUCGGCGCUCAAGGAAGAGAAGCUGUUGACGCAGGUACCGGAGCAGAGAAAGUAG